UUGCUGUUGUCGUCAGUAGUCUGCCUCGGCAGCGACUUGUCAACAAUUUCGCCGCACAAGAAGAAAGAAAACCAACAUCCUAAUCAAAAGCAUCCAGGGAAGUUCGCCAAACAGCCCUGGAGUCAGCAGUGUAUUGUAACUAUAAGCUGCGACAGUGGAUGGACUGGUAUACCUGAUGUCCGCUAUGAUGAGGCAGGAAGUUCAGCAGAUGGUGGUGGAGGGGGCGACGAUGACGAGGACGGUAUAUCCUUCCUCAAACUUUUUUAUGAUUCAAAAAUAGCCAGUGAGAGUGUCAAUGACCAACUAUCAAACUCACUGCGCUACAGCUUUCGCCUUAAAAGUGGUGAACAUGAUGUGGUUGAGUGGAGAGCUGUGUUACAAAAUAGCUUUCUUUAUGUAGAGGUUCCACAAGGGGAGAUUGCUCCAGGAGGGAAAGAGUGUUUUGUAUCACUGCUUGAGUAUGCAGAGGAACAUCUUGACUGCACCUACAUAUUUGUUGGACUACUCAAGGAAAGAGAAGACAGAGCGAGUCUGAUGCGCACCUUCAUGUACAUGGGUUUUGAGACAGUGAAGCCAGGCCAUGAAUUCUGUCCCGACAGUCCACACUUCAUCUUUAUGGCUUAUACCAUUGAAUAGCAGUCAUACCCAAGCCUUGCACAAGCUACCAUUUGCAUACAAUACUUUUACAUUGUACUUAUUAUAAUUAACACUCUCUUAAUUAAUUUAAAGAUUGAAGUGUUCCAAGAUUUGAUGCGGGUUUCCUAAAUUUCAUAGUGUAGAGAUCGAUAUGAAAAGGCAAAGCAGUGUCUGUUUGGGACAAUACUCAAACCAAUUUGAUGUGCAUUGAUUGAGGAAGAAUGGAAAAAGUUAUUAAGCCAUUUAUUUUGACCUAAGUCUUGCCAACUAUUUGGCUUGGUGUAAACUAGUUUUGGAGGCUUGUACUUGCCUCAAAAAUAAAUAUAAGGUGCUCAUAAAAGUAACAUAAUUUACCUUUUCCAUUUCUCAUUACAGAUCAUCAGAUGAAAUUUUACAUAGUUGAUUGCAGUGAAGUAAGAUUCAUUGAGCUUAGUAAUCCUUUGGGCAAAAUAUUAAGAAAUUAUAGAGUUUAUUAGUUCAUCCAUCUUGUAAUUGUUAAGUAUUUUACAGUAUGUGUGAUUAUUAGUUAUUAUGCAUGACAGUUCAAGUAUCAAACAGUUUCCCAGAUAUUUUUCUUAUUGUAUCUUUAUGGUAGAUUCAAGUGACAGCUUUACUCAGACAGUCCUCCUUUCUCUAGCCAGCUAGUCUUGCCUUUCUUUUUACAAGAAUUGUGGGGGAAAACAUUUUUGUCUUGAACAUGAUACAGGAAUCAUUGGAAAGACAAUUUGAUAAAUAUUGUCUCUAAGUUUGGUGUGUGGUAGAUGCUCUUUGUAUGUGCAAAUAACUGUUGUUUUGAUGCAGGCUUGCUCUGUAUGGAUAGCUAGUGUGGUGUGCAUUCAUGGUGAGACAAUUUCAUGUUACUUAUGAAAUCAAUUCAACAAUAAAAUUACACUGAAGUCA